AUGCUCUCGGGCUCCAUCCCGCCGGAGCUCGGCAACUGCGCCAACCUCACCAACAUCUACCUCUACGAGAACUCGCUCUCCGGCCCGCUGCCGCCGUCGCUGGGCGCGCUGCCGCAGCUGCAGAAGCUGCUGCUGUGGCAGAACUCGCUCACCGGCCCCAUCCCGGACUCGUUCGGCAACCUCACCUCUCUCGUCUCGCUCGACCUCUCCAUCAACGCCAUCUCCGGCGCGAUCCCGGCGUCGCUCGGGCGCCUUCCGGCGCUGCAGGACCUCAUGCUCAGCGACAACAACAUCACCGGCACCAUCCCGCCGGGGCUGGCGAACGCGACGGCGCUCGUGCAGCUGCAGCUCGACACCAACGAGAUCUCGGGCCUCAUCCCGCCGGAGCUCGGCCGCCUAGCCGGCCUGCAGGUGAUGUUCGCGUGGCAGAACCAGCUCGAGGGCGCCAUCCCGGCGACGCUCGCCUCGCUCUCCAACCUCCAGGCGCUCGACCUCUCGCACAACCACCUCACCGGCGUAAUCCCCCCCGGCCUCUUCCUGCUGCGCAACCUCACCAAGCUGCUCCUCCUCUCCAACGACCUCUCCGGCCCGCUCCCGCCGGAGAUCGGCAAGGCGGCGAGCCUCGUGCGGCUGCGGCUCGGUGGCAACCGUCUCGCCGGCUCGAUCCCGGCGGCGGUCGCCGGGAUGAAGAGCAUCAACUUCCUCGACCUCGGCAGCAACCGGCUUGCUGGCCCGGUCCCCGCCGAGCUCGGCAACUGCUCGCAGCUCCAGAUGCUCGACCUCAGCAACAACACCCUCACCGGCGUGCUGCCGGAGUCGCUCGCCGGCGUCCACGGCCUGCAGGAGAUCGACGUCUCGCACAACCAGAUCACCGGCGGCGUCCCCGACGCGUUCGGGAGGCUGGAGUCGCUGAGCCGCCUCGUGCUCAGCGGCAACUCACUGUCUGGCCCGAUACCGGCGGCGCUCGGCAAGUGCCGCAACCUCGAGCUCCUCGACCUCAGUGACAACGCGCUUUCCGGCGGCAUCCCCGACGAGCUCUGCGCCAUCGACGGCCUCGACAUCGCUCUCAACCUCAGCCACAACGGCCUCACCGGGCCCAUCCCGGCGAAGAUAUCGGCGCUGAGCAAGCUCUCGGUGCUCGACCUGUCGUACAACGCGCUCGACGGCGGCCUCGCGCCGCUCGCGGGGCUCGACAACCUCGUCACGCUCAACGUGUCCAACAACAACUUCACCGGGUACCUCCCCGACACGAAGCUGUUCCGGCAGCUCUCGACGUCGUGCCUCGCAGGCAACUCGGGGCUCUGCACCAAGGGCGGCGAUGUCUGCUUCGUCAGCAUCGACGCCAACGGGCGGCCGGUGAUGAACGCCGACGAGGAGGUGCAGCGCAUGCACCGGCUCAAGCUCGCCAUCGCGCUGCUGGUGACGGCGACGGUGGCGAUGGUGCUCGGCAUGAUCGGCAUCCUUCGGGCGCGCGGGAUGACCAUCGGCGGGAAAGGCCGCGGCGGCGGCCACGGCGGCGGGAGCAGUGACUCAGAGUCCGGCAGCGACCUGGCGUGGCCGUGGCAGUUCACGCCGUUCCAGAAGCUGAGCUUCAACGUCGAGCAGGUGGUGCGCAACCUCGUCGACGCCAACAUCAUCGGCAAGGGCUGCUCCGGCGUGGUGUACCGCGUCGGCCUCGACACCGGCGAGGUGAUCGCCGUCAAGAAGCUGUGGCCGAGCACCCGCACAGCCGACGCCAAGGACGACGCCGUCUGCGGCGUCCGCGUCCGCGACUCCUUCUCCGCCGAGGUGCGGACGCUGGGAUCCAUCCGGCACAAGAACAUCGUCCGCUUCCUCGGCUGCUGCUGGAACAAGACGACGCGGCUGCUCAUGUACGACUACAUGGCGAACGGAAGCCUCGGCGCGGUGCUCCACGAGCGCCAUGGCCGCGGCGGCGGCGGUGCGCAGCUGGAGUGGGACGUCCGGUACCGGAUCGUACUCGGGGCGGCGCAGGGGCUUGCCUACCUCCACCACGACUGCGUGCCGCCGAUCGUGCACCGCGACAUCAAGGCCAACAACAUCCUCAUCGGCCUCGACUUCGAGGCCUACAUCGCCGACUUCGGCCUCGCCAAGCUCGUCGACGACGGCGACUUCGGCCGCUCCUCCAACACCGUCGCCGGAUCCUACGGCUACAUCGCCCCCGAGUACGGGUACAUGAUGAAGAUAACGGAGAAGAGCGACGUGUACAGCUACGGGGUGGUGGUGCUGGAGGUGCUCACCGGGAAGCAGCCGAUCGACCCGACGAUCCCCGACGGCCAGCACGUGGUGGACUGGGUGCGGCGGCGGAAGGGCGGCGCCGACGUGCUGGACCCGGCGCUGCAGGGGCGGUCGGACACGGAGGUGGAGGAGAUGCUGCAGGUGAUGGGCGUCGCCCUGCUCUGCGUCAGCCCCACGCCCGACGACCGGCCGACGAUGAAGGACGUCGCCGCCAUGCUCAAGGAGAUCCGCCUCGAGCGCGAGGAGUACGCCAACGUCGACGUCCUCCUCAAGGCCGGCGCCUCGCCGCCACGCGCCGCCGCCACGUCGACGUCGAGCACGCCGCCGUGCCGGCAGUCGGGCGGCCCGAGCAACAGCAACAGCAACAGCUGCAGCAGCAGCAGCUUCUCCGGCAUGAUCUACCCAUCAUCCAAGGCCAAGUCGCCAUUCGAUUGA